AGUCUCACACUGUUGCCCCCGGCUGGAGCGCAGCACGUGGCUUGAUCUCAGCUCACUGCAACCUCCACCUCCCGGGUUCAAGCGAUUCUCCUGUUUCAGCCUCCCAAGUAGCUGGGAUUACAGGUGCCUGCCACCACACCCAGGCUGAUUUUUUGAACUUUUAGUACAGACGGAGUUUCACUAUGUUGGCCAGGCUGUUCUCAAACUCCUGACUUCAUGAUCUACCCCCCUCGGCCUCCCAAAGUGCUGAGAUUACAGGCAUGAGCUACCGCACCCAGCCGAAAGGCGUUUUUCUUUUUUUCUUUCUUUUUUUUGAGACAAGUCUUGUUCUGUUGCCCAGGUUGGAGUUCAGUGGUGCGAUUCAUAGUUCACUGCAGCCUCUACCUUCUGGGCGCAAGCUGAGAUCCUCCUGUCUCAGCCACGCAAGUAAUUGGGACUACAGGCAUGUGCCACCACGCCUGGCUAAUUAAAAAAAACUUUUAGCAGAGACAGGAUCUCCCUAUGCUGCUCAGGCUGGUCUUGAACUCCUGGGCUCAAGUGGUUCUCCCACCUCAGCCUCCCAAACUGCUAGGAUUACAGGCAUGAGCCACCAUUCCCGGCCCAUUUUUUCUUUUUAAGCAACAUGACAGAUUAACUAAAAAAGAAAAAUCACUGAAUGGUUAAAAAGUUUUAUUUCAGGUGAUUAAUUGAAAAACCAAUUGAUUAAUAAAGACAUUUUUAAAGGAUCUAAACUGUAUUGAGUUUAAGUUGUAAUUCUUAAAGCAUAAUCACAAGGCUUAUCAAAGCUAUAACAAAUAAAAUAGAAGUCAUUUGUAACUAGACAAUAACUAAAGGCAAGUACAUGCCCAGUGAUUUUAAAGUGCUUGAAAACAAUUAGUUUUCUUAAGUAGGUUAAAUAUCUGGGUUACAAGCUUGUUUACACUAUUAAUUUACUUAGCAAACCUGUUCUUCAUAGAUGAUGCGAAGUUGAACUUUAGUUUGGCCCUCUGAAUUAUUACAAGUUCUAACUUAACUGAUAUUCUUUAAAAAAUACAUUUUUACAUUAAUUCUUUUUAAUUUUAAAAGUAUUCUUCUUUUCUCUCUCUUUUCCUUCCUGAACAGUUCAGUCCUAGAGGCUAUUAAGUGGGCUCAGCAAGGUGUUGGCCUGGCCAGGGGUAUCAGAGCCUGACUGAGUAGGAUGAGGAGGGAGGGUCUGGUGUGCUGUGCCAGAGCCCAGGAGAGGUGAGAAGGGCAUCCAUUGUUUCUGGGAUGCCCUUCCUGUAUUGAUUGGUUGAAUAUAGGAGGAUUGAUGAAAUAAGUAUGUUCAGGAGAAUGGCCCCCAGCAGCUCUCACUGUUGAAGAACGUUACAGAUAUUGGAAAGGAGACAGCUAGAAUUAACCCUGUGAUGCUAGACCGGAAUCAGAAGUAUUGGUGUGAAUGCAUGGAUUUUAAUAAGGACCGAUAAAAAUAGCAAUAAAAUCUUUGCAAAAGGCAUGCAUGCGUGUGUAUUUAUAUACAUAUGUGUGUGCACAUACAUAUGCACAUCUAUUUCCUAGUUCUGUUCAUAGUAGAGGGAGAGGGUGCCUGGGAACAGCAAUAUUCCAAUAGCAAUGAGUGUAUCAGGUUUCUAGAUCUUGGCUUCUAUAUCCCAUUUUCCACUAAAAGGAACCCCAGCUGCUUGGAGAAAUGGCUGAUUAUAGGAUUGGAGCAGGAAUGUUUAACAUGAGCCUGGAACAUCUUGGGUUAGAAAGCAAAGAAGUCUUCAAAGAGUGAUGAAAACAUGCCAAAAGGACCCAGAGUCAGUUUGAAGGGGUUCCCACUGGCCAAAUCUGAGUUAAUUUCAAAAUUUAAGAAGUGAUAGUCAUGGAUUAGAACCUGCUGAAUAAAAAAGAAAACUAAGAGUUCUCACACAGCUUCACCUACUUUGUAAGAAAACCUGUGUACGGACUUAUCAAUAAAUUCAGCAUUUGAAGAAUGGAUUCUCUAAAUUUCAAAGUACCUCUUUCAAAAAUACUUAAUGAUUACAAAGGAGAAAAAGAGCAACUUUCCAAUGGAGAGGCCUGGCAGAUGCCACCUUAACCAGGUAAUCCCAGCAGUGGGACAAAUUGAAAUCAUGCCACCUGCUAGGAUGCAAAGAGAACACACCAUUCCCUCUGCAGUGUUCCUGCCAAGGUACGUGACCUCAAUCUAAUUAUGAGGAAAUGAUAGACAAACCUGGUUGGAGUGACAUUCUACAAAAUAACUGGCCUGUGAUCCUCAAAAAUUUCAUGGUCGUGAAAGUCAAAGCAAGACCAAAGAACGAUUCCAAACUGAAGGAGACUAAAGAGACAUGUCAACUAAAUGCAACAUGUGAUUCUGACCUCGAUCUUUUUACUAUAAAGGCCAUUGCUGGGACAGGUGACGAAGCUUGCAUGGGGCUUGAGGAUUUAAUGGUAGAAAUGUAUCAGUGUUAAUGUUCUGAUUCUGAUGGUCGUAUUAUGGUUAUGUAGGACCGUGGUUUGGUUUUUGUUGUUGUUGCUGUUUUUGUUUUGAGACAGAGUCUGGCUCUGUCGCCCAGGCUGGAGUGCUGCGGUGGCACCAUCUCAGCUCACUGCAACCUCCACCUUCUGGGUUCAAACAAUUCUCAUGAUGCCUCACCUCCCGACUAGCUGGGAUUACAGGCAUGUGCCACCAUACCCGACUAAUUUUUGUAUUUUUAGUAGAGAUUGGGUUUCACCCUGUUGGCCAGGCUGGUCCUGAACUCUUGACUUCAAGUGAUCUGCCCAACUCGGCCUCUCAGAGUGCUGGGUUUACAGGUGUGAGCCACAGUCCCUGGCCUAGUGAUUUGGUUUUGUUUUUUGGGAAAACACAUACUAAAGUAUUCAUGGUGAGGGGGCCUCAAGUUGGCAACUUCCCCUCAAUGGUUCUGGGGAGAGACAGUUCUUUGUACUAUUCUUGCAAAUUUCCAUAAGUUUGAGAUUGUUUCAAAAUUUUAAAAUAAUUUAAAAAGUAAUAUUCUUUUUUUUUUUUUUUGAGACAAGAGUUUCACUCUUGUUGCCCAAGCUGAAGUGCAGUGGCAUGAUCUCGGCUCACUACAACCUCUGCCUGCCGGGUUCAAGCGUUUCUCCUGCCUCAGCCUCCCGAGUAGCUGGGAUUACAGGCGUGCACCCCCAUGCCCAGCUAAUUUUUUGUAUUUUUAAUAGAGACGGGGUUUCAUCAUGUUAGCCAGGCCGGUCUCGAACUCCUGACCUCAGGUUAUCUGCCCGCCUCGGCCUCCCAAAGUGUUGGGAUUACAGGCGUGAGCCACAACGCCCGGCUAAAAAGUAAUAUUCUUGCCUAAAAUGUAAAUCAUGAGAAGUACAUAAAAUUAAAUGUUCCCUAUUUCUUAUUUUAGACUCCCCUUUUAAGCAUUUUAUUUAUGUAUGUAUGAAUGUACAUGUAAUAUAUGUUGUAGGUCAUAUUGAGUAUUUAUGAUAUGCUAGGCACAGGCACACUGUAUUCCUGGGAAUUACAAUGGUCAUCAGUCAAAACCCCUGCCACUAGAGCUGCAUGGCCUUGUGUUAUUUGGAGAAGCCAUCAUUUCUUUAAGUUCCCUCUCAUGAGAGGCAGUGGAAUGUGCUGGUGGUGGGAGGGAGCUCAAGCUCUAUAUUCGUAUCCCAGCCCUGCCAGCAACUGUGCUGAAAUCUUACUCAACUUCACUGUGCCUCCGCCUCCUUAUCUGCAGGCUGGAGAUGUGUCUCAUCCCCAUUUAACAGAGCUGUUGUGAGCAUCACACGUGGUGAUACACGUAGGGUGCUAUACUUGUGGGUGGCACAUGGCAAGCACCUGGUAAAUGGUAGCUCCCAAUGAGGGAAGUUCAGGUUAUCAUUCGUACUUUUAUAAAUCUAAAAAUUGCUUUGUGUACAUUUUUGCACACUUACACUUUAGAAUCUUUAAAAAAAAAUUGGCUACCUUUCUGUUGUGAAGUUUUGCUUUUAGUGGCUUUGUUAGUUUGUUAAAAGUGCUGUGAAAAACUAGAUGGAGAAUAGGGAGCAAGUCUCUGAAAGUCUGUGCCAUAUAGGGCUGGAACUUGAGCAGCAUGAGAUAAAUACUGGCUUACUUUCAGAUUUUUCUCUGCUGAAGGGUUGGCCUACUAACAUUGUUGUUUUUAUGUGGUGAUUGGUGCAUUUUCUUUUUCUUUUUCUUUUUUUUUUGGAGACAGGAUCUCACUCUGUCACCCAGGCUGUAGUGCAGUGGCAUGAUCAUGGCUCACUGCAGCCUCGACCUCCUGGGCUCAAGUGAUCUUCCCACUUCAGCCUCCUGAGUAGCUGGGACUAUAGGCGUGCACUACUACACCUGGCUAAUUUUUUAUUUUUCAUAGAGACAGGGUCUCGCUGUGUUGCCCAGGCUGGUGGGACUCAAGUGAUCUUCCCACCUCGGCCUCUUGAGUAGCUGGGAUUAGAGGUGUGAGCCACCACACCCAGCCUCCAUUUUCAAAUACAGGUUGAGAAUCCCAAAUCUGAAAAUCCAAAAUGCUCUAGAACCCAAAAUGCUCCAAAAUCUGAAACUUUUUGAGCACCAGCACGAUAUUGAAAGUGCUCAUUGGAGUAUUUUGGAUUUCAGAUUUUCAGAUUCAGGAUGCUCAGCUGGUAAAUUUCAUGCAACUGUUUCAGAAUCCUACAAAAUUUGAAACAAUUCUGUUCCCAAACAUUUCAAUAAGGAAUACUCAAUUUGUAAUACCAUUUUAGAAUAGUUAGGUGAGCUUUGCUCAGGUUUGGAAGGGUCAUGUAAUGUUAAUCACUAGGAAAUACUUUUGUCUCAAGUAGUGUAAGCCAGGAAAACAUUGUUUUGAGAACUUUGCCUGAUGAGUUUUGAUCAGAGAAAGGAAUAAUAUUAAUUCCUACUUCUAGUUGAGUUAAAGUCAUUUAAUUUGAUGUUUUGUUUCUGUAUACCCUGCUUGAAAAACCAGAAUAGGCUUUUAAAACCUCUAAAUGUGUAUGUGUUGUUGUUUUUUCGUUUUUUGUUUUUUGCCUUUGGCAGACCUGUUUUGCAAAUGACCAACUUUCUAUAUGAGUUUUUAACAAGAAUGUUGCCACUUGUUACUUUUCACAUUUGAAAGAAUCAAAUAACUUAUUUUUAGGGUAUUAUAAUUGCAAAUAGAUUGUGGUUUUCUGCAGUCAGUGGAGGAAUGUAAAUAAACCAUUGCUGCUGUAACUAUAUAUAAACGCAUGUAGGACAGGAGAUGUGCUUGAAAACUGUGAAGCAAAAAGGAGUCCAUCUUUCAGAAAGAGACAACCCUUUUCUUUAAGAUACAUCUGAUUUAUAUGUUGCCUCAAGAUAACAAAUGACUUGUUUCUCAGUUUUGAAAUACAUAGCCCAUAGUGUUGGAUAAACACCUUCAUAGCUUCAUGAAGACAAAAAUAUUUCCUCCAUGUCACUGGCCAUAGGGAUCCCUAGUCCUUGAAGGUGUAUCAGAGGAGUCCAUGUGUCGAGUGCCUGCUGGAAGAGGGCCAGGAGGAGACUGCGUGGAGGGGAUAACUGCAGGUGGAGGGAGCUCGGCUCUUGACCGUCUACCUCAGAGUCUGCGCUACUGGGUAUCUCCAAAGUUACAGCUUGUCAGCAUUGCUUCCAUCCAUCUUAUUUCCACACAUUUUGUCUUUUCUUGCUAGUCCUUUCCUUCUUGCCCAGGUUUUCACUAAUGUUUGAUCUAACACACUUGAAUUUAGUGAGGACUUCGGGCCUAUUGUCUUAGACUAUGAUAAGGCCAAGUUCUGUGUUGAAUGGGCUUCAGCCUUGCAGGUUGCAUUAGCUCACUAGCAGGUUUCAAAAAAUGCCGGCCACUGAUCAUCAGCCUGUCUUGUUGAGUAUAGUAGAGAGAAGUAGUUAUUGGUGAUCACAUGUUGGUGAGCAAACUUAACUGAUAGCUCAAAACAAAACAUAUUUUUGGUUCUAAGCUAUGGGUGCUUCCCAGCCAGGUGUCAGGACACUCUGUUGCAUCACAAAGACCUAAUAUGUCACAGCAUGCCAGGCUUACCCCCGACCAGGGUCUGGCCCACCCCCUUAAUGGAUUCCCACCAGGGUUGCUUCUGGUUCUAUGACCCACUUUGCUGUUUCCAUCAUUUCAUGUCCCACCAUUUGCCCUUCCUGUAACAGAAGUCACCUUCAUGAGAGUACUCCUUAUGUCUGCUUUAAUCUCUUCCAGAGAGAAGGAGCAAGAAAGGGAAGAACAGUUAAUGGAAGACAAGAAAAGGAAGAAAGAGGAUAAAAAGAAAAAAGAAGCCACUCAGAAGGUCACGGAACAAAAAACCAAAGUGCCCGAAGUGACGAAACCAAGUUUAAGCCAACCAACGGCCGCCAGCCCAAUUGGCAGCUCUCCAUCGCCACCAGUCAAUGGUGGCAACAAUGCCAAAAGGGUGGCAGUGCCGAACGGACAACCGCCAAGCGCCGCCCGCUACAUGCCUCGGGAGGUGCCGCCGCGAUUCCGUUGCCAGCAGGACCACAAAGUGUUACUAAAACGUGGGCAGCCCCCUCCACCGUCCUGCAUGCUCCUUGGGGGCGGGGCAGGGCCUCCUCCCUGCACAGCACCUGGAGCAAACCCAAACAACGCACAAGUGACAGGAGCGCUGCUGCAGAGUGAGAGUGGGACUGCGCCAGACUCAACCCUUGGAGGUGCUGCUGCUUCAAAUUAUGCAAAUUCCACUUGGGGCUCGGGAGCCUCCUCCAACAACGGCACCUCCCCCAACCCAAUUCACAUCUGGGACAAGGUGAUUGUAGACGGGUCUGACAUGGAAGAGUGGCCUUGUAUUGCCAGCAAAGACACUGAAUCUUCUUCCGAAAACACCACCGAUAACAACAGUGCCUCGAACCCUGGCUCUGAGAAGAGCACUCUGCCAGGAAGCACCACUAGUAACAAAGGAAAAGGGAGCCAGUGCCAGUCUGCAAGUUCUGGGAACGAAUGUAAUCUUGGGGUCUGGAAAUCUGACCCUAAGGCUAAAUCUGUUCAAUCUUCCAACUCUACUACAGAGAACAACAAUGGACUAGGAAAUUGGAGGAAUGUAAGUGGUCAGGAUAGAAUUGGACCUGGCUCUGGCUUCAGCAACUUUAACCCAAAUAGCAACCCAUCUGCCUGGCCAGCACUGGUCCAAGAAGGAACUUCUAGGAAAGGGGCAUUGGAAACCGAUAAUAGUAAUUCCAGUGCACAGGUUAGCACAGUAGGUCAGACAUCCAGGGAACAGCAGUCAAAGAUGGAAAAUGCGGGUGUUAAUUUUGUUGUCUCUGGCAGAGAACAGGCUCAAAUCCAUAACACUGAUGGACCAAAAAAUGGAAACACUAACUCCUUGAACUUAAGUUCACCAAACCCCAUGGAGAAUAAGGGAAUGCCCUUUGGAAUGGGCUUGGGGAACACCUCCAGGAGCACUGAUGCCCCUUCACAAAGCACUGGAGAUCGAAAGACUGGGAGCGUUGGAUCUUGGGGUGCAGCUAGGGGGCCUUCUGGAACUGACACAGUCUCUGGACAAAGCAAUUCUGGAAACAAUGGGAACAAUGGAAAAGAGAGAGAGGACUCCUGGAAAGGAGCUUCUGUUCAGAAAUCAACUGGGUCAAAAAAUGACUCUUGGGACAACAAUAACAGGUCUACGGGUGGGUCCUGGAACUUUGGCCCCCAGGACUCUAAUGACAACAAAUGGGGUGAAGGGAACAAAAUGACAUCUGGGGUCUCUCAGGGAGAAUGGAAACAGCCGACUGGGUCUGAUGAGUUGAAAAUUGGAGAAUGGAGUGGUCCAAACCAACCAAAUUCUAGCACUGGAGCAUGGGACAAUCAAAAGGGCCACCCCCUCCCUGAAAACCAAGGCAAUGCCCAGGCUCCCUGUUGGGGAAGAUCUUCCAGCUCCACAGGAAGUGAAGUUGGAGGUCAAAGCACUGGAAGCAACCACAAAGCAGGAAGUAGUGACAGUCAUAACUCUGGCCGUCGGUCGUACAGGCCCACACAUCCUGAUUGUCAGGCUGUCUUGCAGACUCUUUUGAGCCGAACUGAUUUGGACCCCAGGGUGCUCUCAAACACUGGCUGGGGCCAAACUCAAAUUAAGCAGGACACAGUGUGGGACAUUGAAGAGGUGCCAAGGCCUGAGGGGAAAUCUGACAAAGGAACUGAGGGGUGGGAGAGCACUGCCACACAGACCAAGAACUCAGGGGGCUGGGGAGAUGCACCCAGCCAAAGCAAUCAAAUGAAGUCUGGAUGGGGGGAGCUCUCAGCCUCUGCAGAGUGGAAAGACCCCAAGAACACAGGAGGCUGGAAUGACUACAAGAACAACAACUCUUCCAACUGGGGAGGAGGACGACCUGAUGAAAAGACACCUUCCUCUUGGAAUGAGAAUCCCAGCAAGGAUCAGGGGUGGGGAGGUGGACGCCAGCCCAAUCAAGGAUGGUCUUCUGGAAAGAAUGGGUGGGGAGAGGAAGUCGAUCAGACAAAAAACAGCAAUUGGGAAAGUUCUGCAAGUAAACCUGUGUCUGGGUGGGGUGAAGGAGGGCAGAAUGAAAUCGGGACUUGGGGUAAUGGUAGCAAUGCAAGCCUAGCUUCAAAAGGUGGGUGGGAGGAUUGCAAAAGAUCCCCAGCAUGGAAUGAGACGGGCCGACAGCCCAAUUCCUGGAAUAAACAACACCAACAGCAGCAGCCCCCACAGCAGCCACCGCCACCGCAACCAGAGGCUUCUGGUUCGUGGGGAGGCCCACCCGCACCACCUCCAGGCAACGUUCGACCUUCCAAUUCCAGCUGGAGCAGCGGGCCACAGCCUGCAACACCUAAGGAUGAGGAACCCAGUGGUUGGGAAGAGCCAUCCCCACAGUCAAUUAGUCGGAAAAUGGACAUUGAUGAUGGCACUUCAGCAUGGGGAGACCCUAACAGUUAUAACUACAAGAAUGUGAAUCUGUGGGAUAAGAAUUCCCAAGGGGGCCCAGCACCUCGAGAACCAAACCUGCCCACCCCAAUGACCGGUAAAUCGGCAUCAGUCUGGAGCAAAAGCACACCACCUGCUCCAGAUAAUGGUACUUCCGCUUGGGGUGAGCCAAAUGAAAGCAGUCCUGGGUGGGGCGAGAUGGAUGAUACAGGAGCAUCGACCACAGGCUGGGGGAACACGCCCGCCAACGCUCCCAAUGCCAUGAAGCCUAAUUCCAAAUCUAUGCAAGACGGCUGGGGGGAGAGUGACGGGCCAGUCACAGGAACUCGCCAUCCCAGCUGGGAAGAGGAGGAGGAUGGAGGAGUCUGGAACACCGCUGGCUCUCAGGGCAGUGCUUCCUCCCACAACUCAGCAAGCUGGGGACAAGGAGGAAAGAAACAAAUGAAGUGCUCACUCAAAGGAGGAAACAAUGAUUCAUGGAUGAAUCCUCUUGCCAAACAGUUUUCAAAUAUGGGAUUGCUGAGUCAGACUGAAGAUAAUCCAAGCAGCAAAAUGGAUUUGUCUGUAGGAAGCCUUUCAGAUAAAAAAUUUGAUGUGGACAAGCGAGCGAUGAAUCUCGGGGAUUUUAAUGAUAUCAUGAGGAAGGAUCGAUCUGGGUUCCGUCCACCUAAUUCCAAAGACAUGGGAACCACAGAUAGUGGGCCUUAUUUUGAGAAGCUGACUUUGCCUUUCUCCAAUCAAGAUGGGUGCCUUGGGGAUGAGGCUCCCUGCUCUCCCUUCUCCCCUUCUCCCAGCUACAAGCUGUCUCCCUCUGGUUCCACACUACCCAACGUCAGCCUUGGAGCAAUCGGCACAGGGCUCAACCCCCAAAACUUCGCUGCUAGACAAGGCGGUAGUCAUGGUUUGUUUGGAAACAGCACAGCACAAUCGAGAGGUCUGCACACACCAGUGCAGCCACUAAAUUCUUCUCCCAGUCUCCGGGCGCAAGUGCCUCCCCAGUUUAUUUCCCCCCAGGUUUCUGCCUCAAUGCUCAAGCAGUUUCCCAACAGUGGCCUGAGUCCAGGUCUUUUCAAUGUGGGGCCCCAGUUAUCUCCUCAACAAAUUGCCAUGCUGAGCCAGCUUCCACAAAUUCCCCAGUUUCAGUUGGCAUGUCAGCUUCUCUUGCAGCAGCAGCAACAGCAGCAGUUGUUACAGAACCAGAGAAAGAUUUCUCAAGCUGUACGCCAACAGCAAGAGCAGCAGCUGGCUCGAAUGGUGAGUGCACUGCAGCAGCAGCAGCAGCAGCAGCAGAGGCAGCCAGGCAUGAAGCACUCGCCCUCUCAUCCUGUUGGGCCCAAGCCGCAUCUGGACAACAUGGUACCCAACGCGUUGAAUGUGGGGCUCCCAGACCUUCAAACCAAAGGGCCAAUACCUGGAUAUGGUUCUGGCUUCAGUUCUGGCGGCAUGGACUAUGGCAUGGUUGGUGGGAAGGAGGCUGGAACCGAGUCUCGCUUUAAACAGUGGACCUCCAUGAUGGAGGGGCUGCCCUCUGUAGCCACACAGGAAGCCAAUAUGCACAAAAAUGGCGCUAUAGUGGCCCCUGGUAAGACCCGGGGUGGGUCACCGUACAACCAGUUUGAUAUCAUCCCUGGUGACACACUGGGUGGCCAUACGGGUCCUGCUGGUGAUAGCUGGUUACCUGCCAAAUCUCCACCAACAAAUAAAAUCGGAAGUAAAUCCAGCAAUGCCAGUUGGCCUCCAGAAUUCCAACCAGGAGUGCCAUGGAAAGGUAUCCAAAACAUUGACCCUGAAUCUGACCCCUAUGUCACCCCAGGAAGUGUGCUGGGGGGUACAGCCACAUCUCCCAUUGUAGAUACUGACCACCAACUGCUGCGGGAUAACACCACAGGGUCUAAUUCUUCCCUCAACACCUCGCUGCCUUCACCUGGUGCCUGGCCCUACAGUGCCUCUGACAACUCCUUUACCAACGUUCAUAGCACUUCAGCAAAGUUCCCUGAUUACAAAUCAACAUGGUCCCCAGAUCCCAUAGGACACAACCCCACUCAUCUCUCCAACAAGAUGUGGAAAAACCAUAUUUCCUCCAGGAACACUACACCGCUGCCCCGCCCACCUCCUGGUCUGACCAACCCCAAACCAUCAUCUCCCUGGAGCAGCACAGCACCCCGAUCAGUCAGGGGGUGGGGGACACAGGACUCACGGCUCGCCUCGGCCUCUACCUGGAGUGAUGGUGGCUCAGUUCGUCCUAGUUACUGGCUGGUUCUUCACAAUCUCACUCCACAGAUUGAUGGGUCAACCUUGAGAACGAUCUGCAUGCAGCAUGGCCCACUGCUGACAUUCCAUCUGAAUCUAACCCAGGGCACUGCCCUGAUCCGAUACAGCACCAAACAGGAGGCGGCCAAGGCCCAAACUGCACUGCACAUGUGUGUGUUGGGAAACACUACCAUCCUUGCUGAGUUUGCCACUGAUGAUGAAGUCAGCCGCUUUCUGGCACAAGCUCAGCCCCCUACACCUGCAGCAACCCCGAGUGCACCAGCUGCGGGGUGGCAGUCGCUGGAGACCGGCCAGAACCAGUCAGAUCCCGUGGGACCUGCUCUGAAUCUUUUUGGUGGGUCCACUGGGCUCGGGCAGUGGAGCAGCAGCGCUGGUGGCAGCAGCGGGGCCGAUCUUGCUGGCGCUUCGUUGUGGGGGCCCCCAAACUAUUCUUCUAGCUUAUGGGGAGUCCCAACGGUGGAAGAUCCCCAUAGGAUGGGCAGCCCUGCUCCUUUACUACCUGGUGACCUUCUGGGAGGAGGGUCGGAUUCAAUCUGAACUUAGAACUUUCAACUCUGACCUCGUGACCUUUUUUGGAACAGCAGCAGCACUAACUUGACCUUUUCGUUUUUUUUUUCAACUUGCAAUAAAUACAUUUUUAAAAGGAAAAAAGAAAACGGAGAGAAAAAAAGGUGGGUCAUUGACAGACUGUCUGAGCACAUAGUUGCCUCCCUUAUAACUUCAGUUUUUUCGUUUGGAAUAUGAAUCCAAAAAGAGAACAUAUCACUCUUGAAAUACUUGAAUCAUGAACGCCAACCUAGAAAGACAAUGUGAAGCAAGUACACAUACCAUUUAAAUUUAAACACAAAAAAAUUAAAAAAAUUAGUUUCUAGUUUUUCACUUUUUUCAUGUUAUAUGGAAGUUGUUGCUAAGAAACAUAUAUACUGAAAAAAAAUAGCUUUUUAACUUUGUUUGCACUGGGUGUGUUUCCGUCCUUAGGUCUACCAUGUUUGGGAGGGAGGGAAAUUCAAAAGAAUUGUUGGGGGAGGGGGGAGGGAAGACUUGACGGAGCCUCACUUUAAAAACAAAAACACAAAAAACCUAAAAAAAAAAAAAAGGAAAAAAUUUGUGAUUGGCUGGUUGAUAAAUACCAGUGUGUUCUGGCACAUGUAACUGCCCAGGCAUGCUCGUUCUGGUGUGUGUGUGCACGUGUGUUCAUGUGCAUUCGCGUGCAUCCUUCUCUGUCUCUGUGUGUGUGCCUGUGUUCUUCCCUUCUCCCCCUGCCCCACCCUGACUUCUCAGAAAGCUGCAUCGCUGACAGUCCGCAGGCUGGCUGGCCGGCCCAUCUGCGUUUUAUUUUAUUUUUUUAACUAUGAGAACACACAGGCGCGGAGAGCCACUGCUACUAAAGCAACUCCAUUGGGCUGCAUUAAGAUGAACAGAGUGCUUUUUAAUGAUGAAAGCAGGGAGCUCCUUUCCAUUUGCAACUUAGCCUGAAUAUGGGGUUUCUCUGGCUGUUCUUUUGACCUAGCAGUAGAGUGGAGCACUGCCAAGUCCAAAAAACUAGAGCAGGAGGUACCUCUUGGAGCAGCUGUGUGUUUAUUUCUGUUUUUUUUUUUUUUUUUUUUUUUUAAAGUGAAUGGCCACCAGGCACAUCUGAGUAUCUGUUAAAUUUCACGCAGGCCUUUUCGUUGGUUUGAAAUAGGAAUGGAAGAUAGCUUUUGAUUAUGUGAUGUCUCAAAAACAGAAAAACUUUGUUCCCUCUUUCCUUAUGAUCAGAUUUGAGAAAUUCUUCAAAAAAUUAGGUGAAGUUGAGUUAUGUAUUUUUAUUGGUUGGUUCUCUUUUUCAUUUUAUGAAAACAGAAAAUAAGUGGUGAGCAGCCUCCUGAAAGCAUCUGCAGCUACUCCCUCUGCUCCUUUCUCGCCGAGCGUUACCUGUGCCAGGCCACGGCGCGUUACAGCACCAGGCCAUCACUGACAGAAACGUUUACUUAACGAAUGUUCUUAAACCAGUGUGUACUUCAAGCGUUUCCUUUCGUUUCUCUGUGUUGUGUCUUUCCUGUGUAUGUGGUUUUGCUUAGGCAGGUAUAACUUAGCAAAGACUUUUAAGUAUUGCACCUUUUUUUGGUUUUUGACCUCUUCCCCCGACCUCGUAAUUUUGCUUUUUUUAUUUCGGUAUUUAAAUACUUUUUUUUUUUUUUUUUUAAGCAUCAAUGUAGUAGUACUCUGGGCCGAACAGGGGGCAACGUUUAAUCUACAGUUAUCACCAACAUGUAUGUACUUAUGUUGGAAUCAAAAUGUAUCAAACUGCUUAUUGUGAAGAGAAUUAUAGCAGACCUGAAGGGGGCGAAAAACCAGAUAGGGUGGGGGAUGGAUGCCGGUGAUGUGCUAGCACUUGUGUGGACAUCCCAGUCUGCAUUAUACUGUUUAACAUAAAGUGCCGACAUUUUGUACCAGCAAAUACCUGCCCAUUCCAACCCUUGGUGGGAGCAGACCUCUACUGUCCUCUGUAACUUGCUGCUAUUGAGGACAAGGGAGUUUUUCUUUCUUUAGCGUCUUCAGUGAAGGAUACAAUACAACAAUGCCUAAUGUAUUUGACUUUUAGCUUGUGUCUGUGUGUAGGUGGGUGGGUGGGUGUGUAUAGGAAAAGCCUAAAACAAGUUAUUUGCAUUUCAGUGGUUUUGUGAGACAAAGAAUGGGAAAUUCUGUAGCCCUUCUGGCUUACCCUGUUGAUUAUAAACCUAGCCUCAAAAGAGAUUGACAGGCAUGACUCAAGUGAGUGUUCACAUGUACAAGCCUACAUGAGCCCUCUGUGGGUAGGUGGUCACACUUGGCGUCUGCAGCAUUGACUUGGCCCCGCUGGGUGCCUUGAGCAUGCCCUCUUCCUGCUCUCCAAUUUGAAUCACCACCGUGCCCCUUCCACUGCUGUUCCCCAUACAAAAGCUCUCCUUCCAGCAGCCCCCACUGACCGCUCUCUGUGUGGAGCAAAGUGCUGUCGUGCGGUGACCACCAGGUGAAGAGCAGCUUGUAUUCAGACAUCUAGAGAAGGCUAAAUCUUAGUGUCCCUGGGCCAGGAGCAUAUCCCAAGGCUCCUGUGAGCCAGUGGUGACCCUGUCCACUGCCGCUCUUGGUUCACUGCUGUGUCCUGCCCCACCCUUCUCUCCUCCCGCCUGUUGGUUCCUUGACCUGCACUAUGGGUUAGUUGAGUUCCUUACGAUACUACGGUGAAAGCCGGGUGCUAGAGCCCCUCUUGUUUACAAGACAUAAUGAGGGAUUUGAAAUAUGUAAAAAUAAACAUGAGAAGCUAAAAUGUUCUUCCAUCAUAAGCUUAAAGGGAAAAAAACUAAAAACUUUAAAAAAAAAAAAAAGACCAAAAAGUGCGUAUAUAUAUACAUAUAAAUAUAUAUUUUAGAUGAAGACUAACUCUGGGAGCAUUUAACAGUGUUUUUUGUUUCUGUUUUUAACAUUUGUUUUCCUGCUUUAAAAUUUGCAAGCAUUCUCAGGAAUUCUAGGGUAGGAAGCCAGUUUUUUGAAGAUGGUUUAUUUAACCAUAUCUUAUCCUAGAGAGAUGGCUGUUUCUUUCCUGUUAAUAGACUUUUACAAGUUCCUGAAACUUCAGAAAGUUUAAACAAUUUUUACUUAAAAAAAUGUAAAAAGUCUCCAAACAUUAUUGUCAUACUGGGGAUCACACAUUUUAAAACACAUAGAAAUAUUUUUUAAAAAUUAUCAAUUUAGCAGCAACAGGUAAAUUCAUUAUCUUAAAAAUAUGGGAGAAGGAUUAAGCUUUGUAAGAGCUCGAUCAUGGAUUCUUUUGAAAUUGUGUGUAGUUUAAUGGGAGAGUGUUUGGUGUAUAUAGAUGAGAAUGCCAUCACUUUGUUCCUUUCCAUUUGAGACUGAGCUGAAAUCUCCCCUAGUAAUUUUUAUUUUUUUAAAGGAACCCUUCUCCCUGUCCCCACAACCCCAGCAACGAAAGAAAGGAAGGAAGGAAGAAACAACAGCUUAAAAAAAAAGUAAUCUGUAAAAUAGUACAGUUGGAUUGCUGAGAAUCUAUGUAAAGAGUUAGGAAAUAUAGGUUAAUAAUUUUUGGAACAAAUUUUAAAUAUAGGCAUUACUAGAGGAAAAUUAUCUAUGGACUGUCCUAUUAAUGAAGAAUGUCUGUCUUACCUCCAUUUGUUUUGGGAGGAGGAGAAAAUAUAGAAGAAUCUAAUAAGGAACAAGUGAUUUUACUUUUUUAGCUCCCAGCUACUGUUGUGCUCGUUUUAAUUGCUGUUUUGAAGAUCUGCUGCUUAAUUAUCCCCAUCCCUUAGCUGGAGAUGUGGAGUGUUUCCUUUCAGUUUUUGGUGAUGUUGACUUCUUUUGUAUUCCCUCCUGGGGCCAGGGGUCAGAAUUCCCAAGCAAGACCACAGCUUCUUUUAAACAUUAAGCUUCCCAGUGGGAAAGAAACUCCAGCUCCACAGGUAAAGGGAGUGGGUGGGGUUGCUGCCUGCAAUUUCUCUAAAACCGCUUUAGUGCCUUCGUACAUACACCCAGACAUCCUGAGCAAGGGGGACGCACAUGUGUGUGCGUGUGGUCCAGUCACUCCACAGAUGUAAGAUACUCGCCCAUAGAGGAAACCGGAGUGGUUCCGGACAGGCCCCAAAGGCAGUGGGCUGAAUUUAAAAUAAACAAACAAACGUCAAGCAAGUUAAUAUGCUUAUGUCUCAAUAAUGUAGAAUGCCAAGUUCCUUCCUGUGUCGUGUGCCCUCCAUUACUGUGCAUUGACUCCUCCAGGUGUGUAAUUGUGACAACUGCAGUGAUUUGGAAAGUCUCUUUGUGUUGGGCCAAUAGAAAGGGGUUCCUGUUGUUCUGCUCUUGUCCUUUGUCUCCUCCCCUUUUCCCCUAGACCUCCCCCUUCUUUUUGUCAACUUGCUGGGAGCUUUGCUUUAUUGGUUGGCAGUGACCUAAGAACAGGAUAUGGUGAGGAUGUCAUGGAAGAGAAGAGCUCUUUCCGUGGUAUUCUUCGGCAAGAGCCAUGUCUACUACGAGGUUAGGUGACUUCAGUAUACUUAUAAAAUUCAGUGAGAGUGCCUUCUUCUCUUCUACCACACUCUGGCAUAGAUACAGGCUUGCUGGUCACCUCUCAUUACAUAGAUUUAUUGUAAAAACAUUUUGAUUGUGUUAGUUUGAGCUUUCCCUUUUUUUUUUUUUCCUAGUUCUUUUUAAAACACUUGAUUACUAGUGGCUUAGAGGUGUGUACAUCUCUUGAACAUCACAAACUUGGUUUCUACCUACCAUACGAGUGGCCAAAAGAAAAGCAGAAGCACUAAUAGGGAAAGGAGUGUCUCACACCAGACAGAGGACCUCUGCUGUCAAUUAGAUCCAGUGCCGUGACCUAACUUUAAGUGUUUAAAAGAGUUCAGAUCUCUGAGACCCUGUGAAGAAAUGGAUGGCUCAUGUAACAUCUCUGAUCCCUCAGUCCCCAACCCUGGACAUGUUUCACUUACAACAUUCAUAGGAGUUAACUUAGCAGUGUUGCAAGUUAAGGUUCCAAACCAAAUUAUUUAAUCAGUAUCCCCCCAAUAAAUCAUUUAUCCAUUUAUUGCCAGUUAGUUUUAUUUAUAGCAACUUGAUUUUCUAUGAGUAUGGCUCCUGUUCUAAGAAUUUUCCCACCUCUUCUGACAUGAAUGUAGCAUAAGUUAGCAAUCGGUUCUUCCAAACUCCUGUGGGUUGAAUAUGGUAUAUAAGGUAUGCAAGAGGAAGAAGAAAGGAAAAGAUAAAACUCCCGCCUGAGAAUUUGGAAGCACCUUUAUUAAUACCUAUAUCUCGCAGAAACUAGAAGCUCAUGGGCUGUUAACCUUUUGCAACUAUUCACUCAUUUUUACCACUUUUUUUUUGGAGGGGGGUGUGAUUUUUGUAAGAUUAACAGCCAGAUUCCAUUUCGACCUCAGAUGCUGUAUACUUUUUAAUUUCAUUUUUUAUAUUCUGCCAUCUUGACUCUUCUCUAAAACAGAAUGAAAAUGUCUGCAUGUGGAGCAAAAUGCUUAACGCCAAGCCUGUUUUUCCCUGCAGAGUAAACAGGAUGUUUUCAGCAGACUUGGCUGUAAUAGCCAUCUCUAAGAUUAGGGAACAAUUGAGUCUUUAUGUAGAAAAGAUCCCUUUUUUCCCCAUCCUCAGAGUUAAAAUUCAACAUUUAAAGCUUUAUAGGUUAUUGUUUUAGAUUUGAGAUUUUUGUUUUUAAGUGUCUAUAAGAUCUUUAGGAGUGAGAUAAAUUUUUAGCUGGUUAAAAGAAAUCAAACUUUCCUCUGCAGUGUUUUUGCCAAGUUUUGUCACACUUCAUGUGUAUGCAUUAACUACACUUCUUAGCGUUACUGCAAAAAAACAAACAAAAGAAAAGCCUUGUUCUUUAAUUGUGUUUUUCCUCCUGUGAGUGGACAACUAAAGCCGCGUGAUAAUGCGGAUGAAAAUAUUCUAGUCUGUGUGUAUACAGUGAAUUGUCAGUCUUCAGACCUCAUGGUCAUUAAGAAAAUAGGGAACUCACAAACCCUGCUGCACACCACAUUUACUUUUUUUUUUUUUUUUUUUUUAAUUUUUUUUGAGACGGAGUCUCGCUGCGUUGCCCAGGCUGGAUGCAGUGCAGUGGCGCAGUCUCAGCUCACUGCAACCUCUGCUUCCCAGGUUCAUGCCAUUCUCCUGCCUCAGCCACCCUUAGUAGCUGGAACUACAGGUGCCCGCCACCACGCCCAGCUAAUUUUUUGUAUUUUUAGCAGAGACGGGGUUUCACCGUGUUCGCCAGGCUGGUCUCAAUCUCGUGACCUCGUGAUCCGCCCGCCUCGGCCUCCCAAAGUGCUGGGAUUACAGGCAUGAGUCACCGCGCCCGGCCCCACAUUUACUUCUUUUUCUGCAAGUACAGGGAGUCCAUACAGUCAAGAAACACACAGAUACACAUAAUGCUGUUGAGGACAUCGUCAUUCUGUAAGAAAACAGAAUAUUAUCUAGAUUUCCAGAGUUUUUGCAGACCCUGUGAUAACAGUCUGUGGGUUUGUGGCCAGUGCCAAAGGUGUGUGUAUUUUCAGAAAUGGUCCCUAUUUGUCAGUGAUAGUGUUUUUUUUUUUUUUCUUAAUCUUAAAUUUGACAAAGUGGGUGGUAAUAUCACAUUCUUUAGAUGUGAAAUAAUUAUCAGCUCCAAGAAUCUGUGAACAUAGUAAUAACAAUAAAAAUUCAACAUCGACCCUCCCUAACCUGCUCACCAUACCUCCCCACCCCGUGCCUCUGAAGAAAGAGGCCGUGAACAUCUGCGGGGUGGUAAAGAGGGACACUGGUCAGGGAGUGGAGAGCUACUCCUCCAGCAGCUCAGCACCCACACUGCCCUCAUGCGUGUGGCCACUGGGACUAGAUCCCGAGUGAUUGUGGCACACCCCUAAUAUUUGAGUAGUUUUUAAGCUGUCAGUCUCGUCAUAACCACCUACCGCCACCCAAAAAAGUAACGAACAAAAAAGUACUGGUAGUUGCAGUAACCACCAGCGUUUGCCUCACCGAAUUUAAAUCGUUCCCUUUUCGGUUAGCCAUAUGCCUGAAUUUGUUUUUAACAAGAAACUGUACAUGGCCAGGAAAAAUGGUACUACCUUGGUCAAAGGGUCUUUGCAAAAAGCUCAGUCUUCAGUUCUUCACUGUGACCAAUGCUUGUUUUGUUCAUGGGAGGGGAAAGAUCAGAUAAAUAGGCAAGAAGUAUUCUGUUUUAAAUAAAGAAUAAAUAGUGUCCAUCUAAAGCACUUUGUGCCUCAACUUCAUUUUUAAACUAUAAAUCACUGCUUUGGAAACAAAUUCCCAAUUAUAAUUGACCCAUUUCUAGCUAAUAUCAACAAGUUGGGAUGGUUUUGUUUUUUUUUUUUCCAGAAAGGGAAAUUCCUCUUUACUGCUCACAGUAAGCUGCAAAAGAAAGUUGUCAAGGUGGCUUAUGAUGCUGUUGUAGCAGAGCUGUGAAAGGAAGUGCUUUGCUUUCUCUCCCGCCCUCCGGAAUCUGGCGUUCCUUCCCCUUAGGCUACUGAAAGGUGUGUACAACUCCCAGAGGGGUGGCUGUAAAAGUUGACUGGAGGCAAAGUGGAGUGGCCUUAUUGCCAGGACUAGCCCUACAGAAGAGCUUUACAGAGAGGAGGACAGUACAUCCUAUGUGUGUUCGCCAAAAAUGGGAAAGGUGGGUAUUUAUGCAAAACAAAAUAAAAACCUUUGGAACCCUUUAAGAAGUUACAUACCUUUUAAAGGUAGUAUAGUUUCUCACCAAGUGAUACAUUUUAGCAUGACAUUUCUUGCCAGAAAUUUUGGGAUAAGUUAGAAUAAAAGUGUUUAAAACAUCAUCCACCCCCCUUUUUAAAUUUUGUCUAAGGAAUUACUUAUAGUAUUUCUGAAUGUGCCUUUGUGAGUACAGAGACCGUCUGUUCUAGGAAGAGGCUAUCUGUUGGAUACAAACAAAAAGACGGUCAGCUUAAGUCUUUAGAGAAGUCAGAGUUCCUCCUGGAAGUCCCAGGAGCAGCUGUUGAGAUUUCAUUAGCAUCAAUAUUGCACAGUGUAGAGUUGAGUGGAAGAGAUUCUGGGACCUGGGAGAGGAGACGGGAAGGUACCCAGGCGACGCAGACCCACGUUAGUCCAAGAGCGCAGGUUUACACAUCUGCAUUCCCUAGUUUUCUCUGUCUGUAUGUUUGUGCUCAUGUGGCUGUGGCUGUUGUGUUUUUUGUUUUUCUGUAAGCACUGGAGAAUUGGAAUAUGGUGAUAUUUGUGACACAUUCAUGCAUGUAAACAAGGCAUUUUCCAGCUUCUGCCGUGUGCAGAGCGGGCAGCACACUUUUAUCCUUUGAGUCUGUGUCCUGAGGCGGCCAUUACGUUCCCACAUGGGCGUCACAUCACAUUGCUGUUGAUGCAAACAGGGUAUUACACACAAGGAAAAGGGGUUUUGAAGGUUAAGAUUGAAGUGUUUGAGAAAGAAAAGAGAAAAAUCUGAAAUCAUAUUUUAUUUCUUCAGAGCUGUUAUAGUUGAACACAGAAAUCUGCAGUGUCUUUAUUUGUUUUUAUGUUUUAAACAAUUUCACCUCUUCUCCCCACUCCUAUCUUCUAAAGAAAUAUCAAGCAAAUGCUAAGGGCCAUUUCCAUGAUUCCUCAGAGCUCCCCCAAAGAGGAAAACAGUCCCUCCCGCUCGAUUCCUUCAGCUUCAUUCAGGAAGACACAGGGAGGAGAGAUGCUGCUUCUGCGCUUUGCUCUCAUUCCUCUCUCAUGGCCUUGAAAUGUAUUAUUAUGCAAAUGUGAAUUUUGAUACUGAAUUUAAGAAGAGGUUUUUGGAUUUUUUUUUUUUUUUUAAAAAGUCCCACAUGUGGUCAUCGUCGCUUCUUUAUGUUGUAAGGUGAAUUGUAACUAUGCAUUCUGCAAAGGGGGUGGGGAAGAGAGGGCAGAAAGGGGAAGGGAGUAGCUUUGCAUCGUUGUUCUCCAGUUUCUGUGUCCAUGGUGUCCCCGUGUCCUGGAGGGGAAGGGGAGUAGUGAGAGAUGAAUGUGGUAAGGUCAGCACAGUGAGAUAGAGACCUCUGAGUCCUCUUGCCACUGUUGCUGGCAGGUCUGAUGACCAGGUAAAUUCCAGGGGGACUGCAGUUCCAGUCAACCAAUGUGGUUCAGGAUUCUUGAUCCUAGCCGUGCAGUGUUAAUCCAGUGCAGCAAUGGAACUCCACAGGCUCCAGUGUUCUCUGGAAAAAGUACUCAUCCUUUCCUGAAUUCAGAGCCCUUCAAGCUCAGGAAACCACGCCUCACUUGUGCUGAUCUGAAAGUUAAUCUUUAGGUCAAUUUUGAAAAACUCCGCCUCCUCUCUCCUUUUUAAUAUUUCUUUCUUCCUUUUUAAUCAUGUUUAAGUGAACUUACUCUUAGUUAUAAGGAACUGUCCUGCUUUGUGGGGAAGAGGGCUGUUGCUUGUCAGGCAAAAAAGUUUUCUCUUCCCUACCCACCAUCCCUCUCUCUGCUUCCCUUGCAUUUGGCAGGCUGUAUGAAGCCAAUGAGCUGCGAGGUGUUUUGACAGGGGAGGUCUGCAUGCAGCCUCUUCUUUGUCCUAACAAUUCCUUUGUUGAUCUUGCCUGUGAUAAAUCAUAGCGCCUGCAUUGCACUGGUCUAGGCAUUAUUUGCAACACACAGUAUCUUAAGCGAGAGAUUGUUCUGCCUAUAUUCAGUGUUUUCCAUGCAGCAAUUCUUCUUGUUGACGUUCACAGUACUGUAACGAGUAACAGACUUGAUCACAGUCUCCUCGUGCCCGUGCAGGGCUGCACAGGCACGAUCUUAUCAGGGUUCCAAUCUGUUAGAUUGCCUUUAAACAAAGAAAACAACAACAAAAUAAAAUCCUGACGUUUCAGCUGUCUCACACAAAAUAAUACCUCGAGGUACAUUUCCCCCUGCAAUGUAAACCCUUAACUCCUCUCUCCUUUCUGACAUCAGUGGAUUAUCCUUUUUAAAAUAUGAACAUGUAAAUAGCAGGAUAACUUUAAAAAACAUUUUCUUUGCUGUGAAAGUAACCCUAAAAUAUGUUUUCUUCUUUUGUUUUUUUUUUUUUUUGGUUUUUGUUUUUAAGCCAUCAGAAGUUUCAGAUCUUACUCUUUCAUGUUUAAGAAGAAAGAGCAGAGCAGGUCUGGGGAGCGGGUUUGCAUUUGUGGUGGAGGGGUGUUAUCUCCAUUGCCUCCCACACAGUGACAGCAGACCAGUAUGUAAACUCUGUCUUGGCUGGGUGCGGUGGCUCACACCUGUAAUCCCAGCACUUUGGGAGGCUGAGGAGGGCAGAUCACCUGAGGUCAGGAGUUUAAGACCAGCCUGGCCAACAUGGUGAAACCCCGUCUCUACUAAAAAAUUAGCUGGACGCAGUGGCGUGCUCCUGUGGUCCCAGCUGCUCGGGAGGCUAAGGCAGGAGAAUUGCUUGAACCCGGGAGACGGAGGUUGUAGUGAGCCGAGAUUGCACCACUGCACUCCAGUGUGGGCAACAGAGUGAGACUUCGACUCAAAAAAUAAAAAUAAAAAACACACACACAAAAAACCCUGUCUUAAAUAGCUGCCAUCUCUUCCAGCAAUCUAGUGCCAGGGUAAGAAGUGUCUGAAUUUCUCUCUUCCAGAAGACCCAUCCCCUGCAGGGACUCCAGAAUGUUCUCCACACAAUACCUGGAGCUCUCAACAUUUCUUGGUUCAGACACACACAUACACACCCCUUGAGUAACUCAGUAUCAUUUUGUAGUUCACAAAAGUAUGUAGUCCCUGGCAUAUUGGUUUGCGCUGUAGAAUCCAUAGCCUUGUCACUUUGUUAUGCUCUGGAAAUGUACUGAUUUCUUACUUGGGAGGAAACUUGUGUAAGGAGAUGUGCAAACCACCCUGAAAGCCAUGUGCAUCCUCAGCUCUUCCAUUACCCCCUCCAUGAGCUCGAAGUGACAUUAAGUAGAGGGAAAUGCUUUUAACAAAUGCUGCUCAUGUGGAUCUGUCAGCUAUUGCUUGCCUAGAUUUGGGCACCCAUGUAGCAGGGUUGGAAUGGAUCAUUUUGAAUUGCUUCUUUGCAGACACCCCCUUCGCCCCCAUCUUUAAGAUAAACCCUUUACUAGUCAAGAAGCCCUUUUCAGUUGGAUCUCACUGAUCUUGUAUAGUGACGACUUCCUUUGAAGGAAGAAGCUUGAUUAUAAGUGCAUGCAUAUUAUCCACCCACCUUCUGAUUUGGGCACUGUUGACCUUGGAAUUUUAUUUAUUUUGUUUAUCUGGAGGCCCUUUUUCUAUCAGUCUCUGAUCCCUCAUGGGUUCUGCCUGCCCUUGUAUCUCUUGUACAAUGCUCCCAAAGGGCUUUGCUGAUCUCUGCACUUCUUUCCUGGGACACUCCCCCCACCACCCCCCUUUGCACACACCAGUGACCAAAGUGUAUGCAGUGAUCUCACAGAAGACAUCAAAAAUGGUGCAUGCACCGUGAAUGUGCUCACAGAGACACGUGCACAAGAUUCUGCACCCUUGGCCUUAAUCUCAGUAUGACUUAAGGUGCAGGAACAUUUUUAACAGGUUUUAAAAAAAAACAAAAAACCCUUCUGGGAGGAAAAAAAUAAAAAGCAGAUACAACAGCUCAACUGUUCCCACUCCUAACUCUCCACUAUGUGCUUAUAACGUCACAUUCUAUGCCCACCCCGUCACCCACCUCAUCCCUGUUUUGCGUAACCAAAAAACAGACAACAAAAGCAACCUGAGGAGAGGUUUCUGGACUAUUUUAUCUGUCUCCAUUUAGAUGGAGAUAUAAAUGCUGCUUUGGGUUCCAUAAUCCUAGGGGGCUAUGUUUACAUAGUAAAAUACAUCCUACCAAAUCAGGAAACAGUGAAUAAUGGGAGUCACUUCACAGAGACGCAGGAGGACCUGGGGGGCAUAGCAGAGGAUAGGUAGAGAAGUACCAUUUUAAUUAUUUGUGACUUGUGGCUUCCUUCCUCCUCUCCUCGUCUCUCCACGUCUCUCUUUGCCCCCUUUAGACAGAAGGUGCAGAAAAGGGCAUCAAAAAGAGGCUGGAUUUUUUAAAAGGCAGCUUUCCAACUUUGCACACAAACAGGUAACAGGAAGGUACAGCAAAAAUCCUCUCAUCUGAAACACUGUCAGCAGAAACAAAACCUGUAAAAAUGACUAAUCAGCUGCACAUAUUGAUGCUCUCUGCAAGUUACCUUUAAGUGUUGUUUUUUUUUUUUCUUAUACUUGAAGUUGCUUUUACGAUAUUAUUUUGGUGGCUUUCUUUUCUCUCUUUGGUGGGCAAUAGAGAAAGUAGAUAAUGGGAUUUAAGGACGCCUGGGGGAGAAAAGGGAGGAUGUGGCAUUGUCUUUUUUUUUUUUUUAACAUAGAGGUUUAAUCAAACUCCCAUAUGUUGAAAUUGCUCCUCAUAUUACUGGUUUUACAUGGACACAGAAACUAGGCACUUUAGAGGUGCACUUGCAUGGCAGGCUGGGCCCCCUUUUCUAUAUUUUAUUUUCCUUUUUAGUAUAGUGGUACUUAAAAUCACUGGUUCACUUAAAAAAACAAACAAUAAAAUGUUAAACUCUACUAAUGUACAAAUAAGCUGAAAAGUUGCAUUUUAUGUGUAUUUUUUGCCAUAGCAGGUACUGUAUUUCUCAUGCUGGAUUUCAAAAAAAAAAAAAAAAUUAUCAAAAACAAAAAAAACUAAAGGGUGGUGUUUUAUUGGAUUGUGACAGGUUGAGUAAUAAGGAAUUAAGUCGUCGUCAUUUCAUUAAAACUGGGAGAUGAUGUAAUGCAUAUAUAAGAGUUUUCUGAAGGGUUUUUUUGGGCUUUUAAACAGCUUAUUUUUGUUUUUGUUUAGUUUUUUUAUUUUAUUUUAUUUUGGAAAGAUAUGAUUGUAUUAUGUGCAACUCAGUUGCUUACAUUAUAACUACAAAAUAUUUUUGGGUUCCUGGAAAAAAAAAAAAGACUAAUAAAUGUGUUUGGCUGCUAAGCA